AUGGGUCGAAAUUCUCUUGCUGGAGUUCCAGAGCCAACUGCCGUCGGUGUGUUGAAAGCUGAAGACGAAAGACCUGGGAAUGAAGAUAGCUCCAAUGAUAUGGAAAUGGAUGACGAACCGGUCUUGGAACAAAUAAUGGAAUUUGCUUCGGCCAAUCGAGAUGACAAUUCAGAUCAAUUGAAAGGAGAGGAUGAACAGAUUGUUGAAGACUUGAAUUUUACUUAUAUGAGAAGGGGGAAAAACAAGCCAAGAUUACAGUGGGAAAUUUUGGAAGAAGAGAAUAGGACAUUGGUUGAUUCAUUUGAAAUGCAAAAUGAUGCUUCACAUGAUAAUGAGGAGGACAUUGCAGAGACUGCCGAGGCACCGCCCGAGAUGCUUGUUCCCUUAUUGAGGUACCAAAAGGAGUGGCUAGGGUGGGCAUUGACGCAGGAGGAGUCUCCUUGUAGAGGGGGAAUUCUCGCCGAUGAAAUGGGGAUGGGGAAAACCAUCCAAGCCAUUGCUCUUGUCCUUGCCAAGCGCGCUAUAAACCGAUCAAAUGCCGGGACAAGCAGCUCCUCACCUACACUUGUGAUAUGCCCUUUGGCAGCCCUGAAACAGUGGGAAACUGAGAUCAUUCAGUGCAUGCCACCAGGAAGUGUAAAGGUGUUGGUGUACCAUGGAGCAAGGAAAAGAGAGACGGGUCAGGACUUCUCGGGGUAUGAUUUUGUCUUGACGACAUAUUCAACCGUGGAGGCAGAGUGCAGAUGCCGUGUACUACUUCCCAACAAAGUCUGUGAUUUUUGUGGGAAGGAGUUGGAUAGAGAAAAUAUGAACUUCCAUGGUAGGAUUCUCUGUCAGAAAAGCUACCAAGGCACUAGGCACCCCCGUGAGAUGCAUGAUAAUGGUGCUGGUAGAAAUACGAGGGAUAGGAGCAGUAGGAAGAAGCAAGAUAAAGCCAGGACUGGUUCUUCCAAGCUGAAUCCAGAUGAUGCCAAACCCAAUGAACCUGAGAGAAAACUUUUUCUCAGUUCAGUUAGAUGGGAACGCAUAAUUUUGGACGAGAUUCGCUUUCUGCAAGUAUAUCCAUAUGCAUACUUCUUUUGUUGGUGGUGUGAUUGUAAAUCCCUUGAUUAUGUUCACUCGGCAAGUUGUCCUUGUAUCCAUGGGAGGCAUUUUUGUUGGUGGAACAAGUAUGUUAGUAGACCGCUACAAAUGGAAAAUCAUCAAAACAGUAGACGUGCGAGGAUUUUGUUGACGCAAAAAGUUUUGAAGAGCAUAAUGCUAAGACGCACCAAAAAAAGUAUAGCGGUUGAUCUUGGCCUCCCUCUCAAAACUGUUACACUUCGGCGGGAUGCAUUAGAUAUCACAGAAGAAGAUUACUACCAGACAUUAUACAAAGAAUGUCAAUUAGAAUUCAAUAGGUAUGUUGAAGAUGGCACCCUGAUGAACUAUUAUGUUCAUAUAUUGGAGCUUAUUACUCGAUUGCGACAGGCUCUAGAUCAUCCAUACCUUGUGGUUCAUUCAAAACCUGGUGAAGCUCUAUGUGACAUUUGCAAAUGGGUGGCAAAAGAUCUUGCGGUUACCUCUUGUGGACAUACCUUCUGUAAGGCUUGUUUGGAAGAUUUUACUAAAAUCUUGGGAAAAUCUUUGUGCCCCACAUGUUCACUCCCAUUUACACCAAGGAAGAUUUGUGGUGGUCUAUUUGCAGAAGCAAUGAGCUUUAAAACUUCAAGCAUCUUAGGAAGAAUUUCGCUAGGAAAUUUUCCAACAAGCACCAAAAUAGAAGCUCUGAAGGAGGAAAUCAGGUUCAUGGUUGAAAUGGAUGGUUCUGCAAAAGGCAUUGUUUUCAGCCAGUUUACAUCCUUCUUGGAUUUGAUAAGCUACUCCCUCCAUCAGUCUGGAAUCAAUUGUGUUCAACUAGUUGGUAAAAUGACUGCUACUGCAAAAGACGCUGCGGUAAAAAGGUUCAACGAGGACCCAGAUUGCAAGAUCUUUCUUACAAGCUUGAAAUCUGGAGGUGCUGCACUCAAUCUCCCAGUUGCAUCAAAUGUUUUCUUAAUGGAACCUUGGUGGAACCCUUUUGUUGAGCAGCAGGCAUAUGACCGAAUUCAUCGGAUUGGUCAAUAUAAACCGGUUAGAGUCGUAAAGUUUAUAAUAGAGAACACUAUUGAGGAGAGGAUUUUGGAGCUCCAAGAAAAGAAAGAAAGCUUAUCAGAAGGGGCAUUAGGUUCUACAGACAUGCUGGGGAAUUUAUCAACUGAAGACCUGAGAGAUUUAUUCAUCUAG